UCUUUGCUUUCCCUUAAUCCUCUCUGUCUGUGUCCACCCAAGCUCUCCCCACCUGGCAAAACUGUUCAAAAUUGCUGUGGAAUUUACCUCGGUUUCCCCUUGCAGCCUGUGGCGUAUGGUCCAGCCUCUUGCUGAACAGAUUGGGAGGAACUAGUUGUCUUUGAUCUCCACCUCCAGAUCAGAGUCAAGGAAUACUUUUACAAUGGACACUUCAUCCAAAGAAAAUAUCCAGUUAUUCUGCAAAAAUUCAGUGCAACCUGUUGGAAGGUCUUCCUUAAAAACAGAAUAUCCCUCCUCAAAGGAAAAACAACCCUGCUGUGGUGAACUGAAGCUGUUCCUGGGUGCCUUGUCUUUCGUUUAUUUUGCCAAAGCAUUGGCAGAAGGCUAUCUGAAGAGCACCAUCACUCAGAUAGAGAGAAGGUUUGAUAUCCCUUCUUCACUGGUGGGAGUUAUUGAUGGUAGUUUUGAAAUUGGGAAUCUCUUAGUUAUAACAUUUGUUAGCUACUUUGGAGCCAAACUUCACAGGCCAAAAAUUAUUGGAGCAGGUUGCCUAAUCAUGGGAGUUGGAACAUUGCUCAUUGCAAUGCCUCAGUUCUUCAUGGAGCAGUACAGAUAUGAGAGGUAUUCUCCUUUCUCCAAUUCUACUCUGAGCAUCUCUCCGUGUCUCUUAGAGUCAAGCAGUCAGUUACCAAUCUCAGUUCUGGAAAAAUCACAAUCCAAAAUAAGUGAUGAAUGUGAAGUUGAUGCCAGCUCCUCCAUGUGGGUUUAUGUUUUCCUGGGAAACCUUCUCCGUGGAAUAGGAGAAACUCCCAUUCAGCCUCUGGGCAUUGCCUACCUGGACGAUUUUGCCAGUGAAGACAAUGCAGCUUUCUAUAUUGAUCGCAUAACCAUUACCCCAAAGGACCCCCAAUGGGUAGGGGCCUGGUGGCUUGGUUAUCUAAUAGCAGGAAUCAUAAGUCUUCUUGCAGCUGUGCCUUUCUGGUGUUUACCAAAGAGUCUACCAAGACCCCAAAGGGGAGAAGAUUCUAAUUCCUCCACUGAGAAAUCCAAGUUUAUUAUAGAUGAUCACACAGACUACCAAACACCCCAUGGAGAAAAGGCAAAAAUAAUGGAAAUGGCAAGAGAUUUUCUUCCAUCACUAAAGAAUCUUUUUGGAAAUCCAGUGUACUUCCUAUAUUUGUGUACAAGCACUGUUCAGUUCAAUUCUUUAUUUGGCAUGGUGACAUAUAAACCAAAGUACAUUGAGCAACAGUAUGGACAGUCAUCUUCCAAGGCCAACUUUGUUAUUGGGCUCAUCAACAUACCUGCAGUGGCCCUUGGAAUAUUCUCUGGGGGAAUAGUCAUGAAAAAAUUCAGAAUCAGCGUGUGUGGUGCUGCAAAACUCUACUUGGGAUCAUCUGUCUUUGGUUACCUCCUAUUCCUUUCCCUGUUUGCACUGGGCUGCGAAAAUUCUGAUGUGGCAGGACUAACUGUCUCCUACCAAGGAACCAAACCUGUCUCUUAUCAUGAACGAGCUCUCUUUUCAGAUUGCAACUCAAGAUGCAAAUGUUCAGAGACAAAAUGGGAACCCAUGUGCGGUGAAAAUGGAAUCACAUAUGCAUCAGCUUGUCUUGCUGGUUGUCAAACCUCCAACAGAAGUGGAAAGAAUAUUAUAUUUUAUAACUGCACCUGUGUGGGAAUUGCAGCCUCUAAAUCAGGAAAUUCCUCAGGCAUAGUGGGCAGAUGUCAAAAAGAUAAUGAAUGUCCCAAAAUGUUUCUCUAUUUCCUUAUAAUUUCAGUCAUCACAUCCUAUACAUUAUCCCUAGGUGGCAUACCUGGAUAUAUAUUACUUCUGAGGUGCAUUAAGCCACAACUUAAGUCUUUUGCCCUGGGUAUUUACACCUUAGCCAUAAGAGUUCUUGCAGGAAUCCCAGCUCCGGUAUAUUUUGGAGUUUUGAUUGACACUUCAUGCCUCAAAUGGGGAUUUAAAAGAUGUGGAAGUAGAGGAUCCUGCAGAUUAUAUGAUUCGAAUGCUUUCAGACACAUAUAUCUGGGACUGACUGUGAUAUUGGGCACAGUGUCCAUUUUCCUAAGCAUUGCAGUACUUUUCAUUUUAAAGAAAAAUUAUGUUUCAAAACAUAGAAGCUUCAUAACCAAGAGAGACAGAACGAUGGUGUCUGCAAGAUUCCUGAAGGAAAAUUGUACUACAAGUGAUCAUUUGCUACAACCCAACUCCUGGCCAGGCAAGGAAACACGACUUUAGAAAAAUAAUGACGAAGCCAUGUUUUCUAGUAGGUGGACAUUUUGCAAACAAAUAAAUUUUAAUCAAAAGCGUUC